AUGGAGGUCAAGCAGAAAAUUGAUUCCUUAGUGAAAAUGUUCUUACUUAGUAAUGUGGUCCUAAAAGACGAAGAAGAUUUUAAGAACAAGUUGUCUACCAUAGUCACCGAUGGAGUCGACAACCUCCAAUUCGUCGCGGACUUCGAUGACACACUCACCAAACACACCGUAAAUGGCAAAAAGACCUUCAACUCCUUCGAAAUCUUCUGCAAAACGAAGACGCUGUCUCAGUCCUUUCUCGAUCGAGGAACAGAACUGUUCGUUAAUAUGAAACCGUUGUUAAACAAACACGAUCUGACCAAGGAAGAGCAACAACAAGUGGACGAUGUGUUGGAGAAAAUUAUUGCUCUUAUUGUGGGAGAGAAAGUGAACAUCGAGGAUGUGUACGAAUGUGUAGAUCAGGUGAACACCCCUCUCAAGGAUGGAUGUAGGGAGACACUUUCUCUUCUCGCCAGUCAUCGAGUGCCAAUCAUCAUAGUUUCUGCCGGCUCGGGUGACGUCAUCAAUUACCUGGUCAGAGGCUAUGGAGCAAGAGUUGUCGCCAAUUUCUAUAUAUUUGAUGAAGGUCGAAUAACUGCCUAUGUGAGGCCUUGGGUGGGGCUUUAUAACAAAAACCAACGCGCGCUGCCCGUAGACGAUGAUAGACAUAAUAUAGUGCUGUUGGGAGACCAUACUUGGGACUCAAAAAUGGCUGAUAAUGUUCCUAAUGUAAAAACAAUACUAAAAGUUGGAUUCUUCUAUGGUAAUGAUGAGAUGAAGAUGAGACGUUACCUCGAACAUUACGAUGUUCUUCUGUUGAAUGACGAGUCCACUGAUAAGAUUAACGAUAUGUUCAGCUGGGGGUUUGCAUAUCCGGAGCCGUUGGUUGUGGUUGAGGAGGGUUAUUCCCUUCCCCCGGAAAACUGCUGUGCCCUAAUUGCCGGAGCGAAUGACAUAGGAACCGGCGAAUCAUUAAAAUCUUUGAGCACCUGGAGCAGCAGAUCACCGAGCGCACCUGCACAGCGAAAGGUGCCAUAUCGCCACAACCUCAUCACCGACCACCCCGUCAACAAGCAGACUACCCUGGUCAAAUACUACAUCAAUGAGCUGUGUGCCAGGUGUAAAGAAUCCGUACUAAUGGAAGAUCGGGACUCAAAAAUGGCGUGA